CGCAUCCAUUUGCAGCGACCAAACGAGCACCUGACCAUCUGCCCACCGAUAUCACGUCCGUGCGCUGGAUAGGCGCGAAAGUUGUUGUUCCGCGCUUUACCGAAAACGAAAUGCCCGCAAAUCCAGUCUGGAAGGUCGUUGGACGCGACUGACUGCAGCUUCGUCCCGGACACAACAACCCAUCAGCCUCCUCAUUUUCGAGCAUUCCGCCCACAACAACAUCGCCCACGCUCCGCUUCGAUACGCGCAAUAGAUUCACCACACAUUCUACCACCCCACGCAUACACGCGACGCAAUGGCAGGCGGAAAGGGCAAGACUGGAGGCAAGACGGGCGGCAAGGCUGGCGGCGAUAACAGCGGCAAGUCGCAGAAGUCGCACUCGGCCAAGGCCGGUCUUCAGUUCCCAUGUGGACGUGUCAAGCGUUUCUUGAAGUCGCAAACCCAGAACAAGAUGCGUGUUGGAGCAAAGGCUGCCGUUUAUGUCACCGCCGUCCUCGAGUACCUCACCGCCGAAGUCCUCGAACUCGCAGGAAACGCCGCGAAGGAUCUCAAGGUGAAGCGUAUCACCCCGCGCCACCUUCAGCUUGCCAUCCGAGGUGAUGAAGAACUCGACACGCUUAUCCGCGCCACGAUCGCUUUUGGAGGUGUCCUACCACAUAUCAACCGCGCUUUGCUGCUCAAGGUCGAACAGAAGAAGAGUAAGAAGGCAGAGGCUUAGUGAGCCCGGGAAGAGUUCAGAUGUGUGUGGUAGACAUGUCUUUGAGAGAGUUGUGAGUCGAGUAUACCCAGUGGAAGGUCAAGAUUUUGUUCCGGGCAAAUGGAGUUUGAGGAGGAAGGCGUCUAGGUACAUGAUGAGGCGCUAUGAGGCGCUAAUGAGUGUAGCAGUAAGGUGAUUUUUCGAUCGAAUACUGAGCUUCGUCUUUCUUUAGGUCAACGGCGGACCAGUUCUGCGCCGUUCGCCACGUCACAGCAGUUCCCAG